AGAGGUUGCCUAUCCUUUGAUCUGAAGUUACCGUAACAAGUGUUUAAGCGGGAACGGUUUGUAAACGAUCCGCGACAAGCGAUUCGGUCAUUAUUCACAGUUAAAUUUUUGGUGCUGCUACGAUAUUUUACUGAAAGUGUUAAAUGUGUUGUUGAAGGAAAUACCACGGACACUGAGUGCUGGAUUUGAAUCAGAAAAGAGAGGUUUUAACAGGCUUGUAUCCUUACAACGUGAUUAUCAAGAGUAAAACAUGGCCGAGAAUGCUGUUGAAAAUUUGGAGGAGGACAACUCUGUAACGAUGCUGGACGUUCUGCAAGAGGAGAAUCAACUGGAAGAGGAUGCUUAUGCUGUACUUGGUGCAUCCGAUGAUAAAAAUUGUACCUUCAAUAAGGGAUAUAUAAGACAAGCUCUUUAUGCUUGUAAGACCUGCUGCCCACAGAAAACACGUGCAGCUGUUUGUCUAGCUUGCAGUUUCCACUGUCAUGAAGGACACGAACUUAUUGAGCUUUACACUAAGAGACAUUUUCGAUGCGAUUGCGGAAACUCCAAAUUCGGAGAUAAAAAGUGCAGUCUAGAUCCUGCCAAACCUGCAGCUAAUGAUGAGAACAAGUACAAUCAAAAUUUUGAUGGAGUUUAUUGUACAUGCUCCAGACCAUAUCCAGACCCAGAGGAUGUUAAUAAUGACGAGAUGCUACAGUGUGUCCUUUGUGAAGAUUGGUAUCAUUCCAAGCAUCUGGGUUGUACAGAAAUUCCUGAUUCUGACUCAUAUGGCGAAGUGAUCUGUGCAGGUUGCAUGAAAAAGCAUUCCUUCUUAUGGCAUUACGCUUCCAAAUAUUCAGCAUCAAAAACCACUAAAAAUGAUUCUUUUGAAAGUAAAGAAGAUAAGGUAGAGGUGGUAAAGCUUCCUGAGGGGUGCACCAUGCCUCAAACAAAUCCGCCUCAUUCAGAAAGUGGUUGUUUCUGGACAGAGGGUUGGAGAUCAUCUCUCUGCACCUGUGACAAAUGCAAAGUAAUGUACAAAGAGAAUGAGCUGGAAUUUCUUCUGGAUCCUAUGGAUAGUGUUCAGGCCUAUGAAGAAGCCGGAAAGGACAAUAAACGGGAAUCACAAUACGAAAGAGGCAUGAAGGCAUUGGCCUCCUUGGACCAUGUUCAACAACUAACAGCGAUCGAGGAGUACAACAACAUGAAGGAACGCCUGAAACAAUACCUGCAGAAAUUUGCGGAAAACAAGAAGGUGGUGCGUGAGGAAGAUAUAAAAGAAUUCUUCUCGGAGAUGGAGUCAAAGAAACGUCCAAAAGUUGUAAUCCCAACUUUCUGCCGUUGAAGAGACCCAGGACCAUGUCAGUAUCUUACAUUGAAGCGUAAAUUAUAUAUGUUUUAAUUCCGUAUAACUAGAUCGAUAGAUAUUGAAGUUAUUAUGAUAUAAUCUCACCAUUGUAAAGAAAUGCAUAUCCUAUUUCUGCUAGAUAACGUGAUAAAUAAAAGAGCAACAUAUUUGUAUUA